ACAAAAAAAGAUAGCAGUCGGAAUCCAAUUUCAGAAACAUCUAUUUGUUUUAUUUCUUAUAAAUCUACAAUAUUUGUUAUUUUUUUUGACAAGUUUAGAUCGUGAAGUUGUUAAUUUUUGUAUUUCAGAUUACAUACAAAUAUGGGUUUAACAAUAUCAAGUGUCUUUACCAGACUCUUCGGCAAAAAACAAAUGCGUAUCCUUAUGGUUGGGCUUGACGCCGCUGGCAAAACUACUAUACUUUAUAAGUUAAAACUAGGCGAGAUUGUGACUACAAUUCCGACCAUUGGUUUUAAUGUUGAGACUGUUGAAUAUAAAAAUAUUAGUUUCACGGUGUGGGACGUCGGUGGCCAAGACAAAAUCAGACCACUCUGGCGUCAUUAUUAUCAGAACACACAAGGGCUUAUUUUCGUAGUUGAUUCAAGUGAUACUAAGAGAAUAGCUGAGGCUGAAGAGGAACUUGCCAACAUGCUAAAGGAGGAUGAAUUAAAGGAUGCAGUUAUUUUAGUGUUUGCGAAUAAACAAGAUAUGCCAAAUGCUAUGACGGCUGCUGAACUUACUAAUGCUCUAAACUUAAACAGCCUCAGGAGUCGCCGUUGGUAUAUUCAAGCUACAUGUGCAACCCAAGGACAAGGUCUAUAUGAAGGUCUAGACUGGCUUUCAAAUGAACUGGCAAAGAAGUGAGAUUCAAUUUAACAAAUAGUCCCAGGGAACCAGUACGAGGCACAUUCCCACAUUGACUGAUGACUUCCAACACUGUGAAUGUUGUACAAUUCUAUCUAAAAGACUAUGAAAAAGAAUGUAAUUAAUAGUAUUAGGUAAUAGGGUCUUUUAUCACCCAAAAUUGUUUAUUCCCUCUUAUUAUUACAAUUAAUGUUUAAAACCAUCAUCAUCAUUUAUAUAUGAAAAUUGAAUCAUGUAGAUUGAAGUGAACAUUAAAAAUCUUUUAUAUGAAAUAUUAGAGAUAAUAGAUCAUGCAUAUGGUUUGUUUGCUUUUUGGUUUUAUUAACUGGUGGUAAAAGGUCCAUAAGGUCUUUUUUCAAUAUUAUCUUGAAGUUCGUUUAGUAAUAAAAUAUAGAAUGGAACAUCCAGACAAAAUUGUUGAUUGACCUAUUUUUAUUCUAAAGUUUAUUUAUAAUAAAGGUAUAUAAUUUGCAAUUAAUAGUUUUCUCUUAUUUCAUACAUUAAGAAGAAAAAGAUAAUUGUAUCAAUUUGUU